UCGAGCGGCUUUGAACGACUAUUAAACCGAAAAGCGUUUGGCAUUUGGCAUUAGUUCUACUUGCGCUUUGUGUGCGUUCGUUCGUUGUCUACAAUGAAAUUCUUUGUAUGUGUCUUGGCCCUAGCCGCCACUCUGGCAACCACAAACGCAGGACUGCUGGAACUGCUGAAGGGAGGCGGAGGCAGUGGCGGUGGCUAUGGCGGUGGAUACGGCGGUGGAUCUGGGGGAGGAUACGGUGGUGGUGGCGGCGGCGGUAAUGUCCAGAUAGUCAAAGUGAUCAACACCAUUGAUGGCGGCCACGGAGGAGGCUAUGGCGGCGGUGGCUAUAGCUCCGGCGGAGGCUAUGGCGGUGGUGGCUAUAGCUCCGGAGGAGGCUAUGGCGGUGGCUAUAGCUCUGGCGGAAGCUAUGGAGGCGGCUAUGGCGGCGGCUAUGGAGGCGGCUAUGGAGGCGGUCAUGGCGGCUCUCGCGUGGAUGUCUACAAGGUCAUCACAACCACUCAUAGCGCUGGUGGUGGAGGAUAUGGUGGAGGAUAUGGGGGAGGAUAUGGUGGUAGCUACGGCGGUAGUUACGGCGGUAGCUACGGCGGCGGGCACGGCAGUCAGUCCGGAUGGUGGAAGAAGAAGUGAGCACCCACUGCUUUCGUUUGCCAAUUCUCCGAGUUGCGUUCCGUUCCAUUUAGCUAUAGUCCAGAUAUAAACCCGUUUACCUGUACCUGCAUGAAAUCUUCCAUGAAGCGUCUGUUUAUUCGAAUUCAUCCCCAAAUUAGCGAAACUAGUUUCCGAUUGGAUCUUUAGACUGCGCGACGUCUGACCAAUAAAAGCAAAAGUCAAUAAAUACGACAAAAAUAA